AUGCUGAGAACAGAAAGGCAAACAGAAGCACAUGAAGAAAUUAAACACGCCACCAUUUCAACAUCGACACCUGACAGACCAGCCUCGUGCGGUGGUGCUUGGAUUGGAUGAGCGAUGGAUGUGAGUGAGGAGGAGACAGCGCCCCUGGUGGACCGGGAGAGGGGUGGCAGCCACAGGUCCAGCUGCAGGGCUGGCUUGCAGGUCAAGCUUCACUUCAUCCCGAUGACCAAAGCCGAGUCCACCUUCACCAUCCCCACAGGACAGGUGUCUGCAGAGAGUGUGUGCAUCCAGGCAGCAAAGACAUGUGGCAUCAUGCCUGUUUUUCACAGCCUGUUUGCCCUGGCCUCUGAAGACCUCUCUUUCUGGUACCCACCAACACACGUCUUCAAUACGGAUGAGGGCAUCACCGUGAACUACAGAGUGAGGUUUUUCUUCUCCAACUGGUUUGGCCAGGGCUCUAAAACCACCUAUCGCUACAGUCCUACGAAAGGCAAGGUCACCGCGGCACUCGACUACUGUGUCAUAGAUUACCUCUUCGCUCAGAGCCGCAGUGACUUCCUGCAUGGGCAUGCGGGGGUGAGCCCCUCUCUGGACCUCCAGGAGGAGUGCCUGGGGCUGGCCAUGCUGGACCUGUGGUGCCAGGCCAAGGAGCAGGGCCUCAGCCUCAAGGACACCUGCAAACGAGUCGGCUAUAAGUCAUGUCUGCCGGAGCUCCAUCGGCGUGCGGUGCAGGGCAUGAGUCGGCUGGCGCGGUACCAGCUGCGUAAGAAGGUGCGGCGCUUCCUGAAGCGUUUGGGCGCGUGCCAGGCCAGCGGGCGCUCGCUGAAGCUGAAGUACCUGCUGGAGCUGGCGGCCAUCAGUCCUGCGCUCGGCACUGAGACACUAUGUGGUCUCCACGUCGAUGGUCGCCAGGCCAACCAGGCUGUCUUCACCAAGCUGAUACGCGUGUGCGGGGAGACUGGGGUCCACAGCAGGAGGGAAGAUGCUACGGAGUGGCAGCCAUUUUGUGACUUCCCGGAGAUCACCGACAUCAGCAUUAAGCGAGUUUGCCAUGAGCAGAUGCCACAGGAGGGACGCGUGGUGACCCUGACGCGUCAAGACGAUAGGCGUCUGGAAGUUGAGUUUCCCAGCCUGUCGGAAGCCCUGUCGUUCGUCGCGCUCGUGGACGGCUACUUCAGACUCACCACCGACUCGAGCCAUUAUUUCUGUCAGGAGGUGGCGCCACCUAGUCUCUUGGAGGACCUUCAGAACCAGUGCCAUGGGCCAAUCACGUCUGAGGAUGCUGUCCACAAGCUGAAGAAGUCAGGAGAGAAAGCUUGCUCGUUCCUGCUCAGACACAGCCCCAGAGAAUUUGACCAGUAUUUUCUCACUGUGUUCGUAAAGACUCCUCUGGGUAAGGACUAUAGGGAUUGUCUCAUCAUCAUCACCAGCAAGGAGCGCUUCAGGCUGCAUGGUGCCGACAGCUCAUUCGUGAACCUGCGCUCGCUGGUAGAGUUCUACCAGAGGAAAACCCUGCUGCUGAAAGAUGAUCCCGUCACGCUGGGAAGAUGCUGCCCUCCUCGCCCCAAAGAGCUGACCAACCUGAUCAUCGUGCGUGACGGCCGGGCUGCGGAGUUGCAGGGCUCCCCUUCUCUGCAGAGGCACCGGCCUAGCCACAUCCAGUUCCACAUGAUACAGUACCAGGAGCUGGAGAUGGGGGAGAAUUUGGGCCGAGGCUCGUUCACAAAGAUACAUAAGGGCUCCAAGAUUGGACGUCGGGACGGAGAGAGAUACGUCACUGAGGUCUUGCUGAAAAUCCUAGAGGCCAACCACAAAAACUACUGGGAGUCGUUCUUCGAAGCAGCCAGCAUAAUGAGCCAGGUGUCCCAUAAGCACUUGCUGCACGUCUACGGAAUCAGCGUCCACAAGAGCAACAACAUCAUGGUUCAGGAGUUUGUGAAGUGUGGUGCUCUGGACCUGUACUUGAGGCGGACUCCCUCCCUCUCCGUCAGCUGGAAGCUGGAGGUGGCCAAGCAGCUGGCAUGUGCUCUCAACUUCCUGGAGGAGAAGGACAUUGUGCAUGGUAACAUCUGCUCCAAGAACGUCCUGCUGGCCCGAGGGGAGCCCUCUCCUUUCAUCAAACUCAGCGACCCGGGAGUCAGCAUAACCAUGCUGGCCGGAGAUGAAAAGCUGGAUAAGAUCCCGUGGGUGGCUCCGGAGGUGCUGGGGGAGUGUGAGGGUCUGGAGUUGGAGAGUGACAAGUGGAGCUUCGGGGUGACACUCUGGGAGAUCUUCAGCGGCGGGAAAGUACCCUUACAAGGUCUACAUCCACAACAGAAGCUGCAGUUCUAUGAGAGCUGCCAUGCGCUGCCGUCUCCAGAGUGGACGGAGCUGGCGGAGCUCAUCAGCCAGUGCAUGAACUACCAGUCGACCCUCAGGCCCUCCAGCAGGAGCAUCAUACGACACCUCAACGGACUCAUCACCUCAGACUAUGAGAUUCUCCAUGCAGCUGGCACUGCAAACAACAGCGACACCUUCUGGAAGGAUCUGAACCUGCAGGUGUACCCCAAAGAGCAGACGGUGUACGAGGAGAGGCACCUGCGCUACGUCUCAGCACUGGGAAAGGGUAACUUUGGCAGCGUGGAGCUGUGUCGCUACGACCCGCUGGGUGAUGAGACGGGCGAGCUGGUGGCCGUCAAGCGGCUGCAGCCCAGUAAGCAAUCCAACAUGGCCGACUUCCACCGGGAGAUCCAGACCAUCAGCUCACUGCACUGCGACUACAUCGUCAAGUACAGAGGAGUCUGCUACAGCAUGGGCCGGUGCAACAUGAGUCUGGUGAUGGAGUACCUGCCCUAUGGGAGUCUCAUCACCUACUUGGAGAAGAAGCCGGCCCACGUCAACCACCGCAGACUGCUGCUGUUCGCCUCACAAAUAUGCAAAGGCAUGGAGUAUCUUCAGACUAUGCGUCUGAUACACAGAGACUUGGCAGCCAGGAAUGUGCUGGUGGCCAGUGACACUCUGGUGAAAAUAGCCGACUUUGGGCUGACCAAGCUCGUACCCUUCGACAAGGAUUACUAUAAAGUGUCUCAGCCUGGGGAGAGCCCCAUUUUCUGGUAUGCGCCCGAAUCUAUCAGUGAGUCCAAGUUUUCCCACAAGUCUGACGUGUGGAGCUUUGGGGUGGUGCUUCACGAACUCUUCUCCUACUGCAGCGUCAGCCUGAACCCCAAAAAGCUCUGCAUGCAGGCCAUUGGCAGUGACAGCCAAGGCCACUGCACCUCCAUGCACCUCUUCAAUAAGCUGAAAGAGAGCUGGAGACUUCCGGCACCUCCACUUUGCCCACCGAAGGUGUACAGCAUGAUGAUGAGGUGUUGGUGCUGGGAGUCGGAGGGGAGGCCGGCGUUCAGCAGUGUCGGGGAGCUGAUCGACCGCACCCUGCAAGAGGACAGGGACGGCUUUAAAGGCUAGCGGCUAGCUAGCUGCUAUCAGAGCCAUGCAGAGUGAAGCUCACUGCUCCAUGAAAUCCUAUGGGAGGCAAGUAAUGAUGCAGUAGAUAAGCAAUGAGACAUGAACUAGAAAUGCACUCAGAGAUUGCAGACCUCAUCCAAGGAAACUGCUUUGAUAGCACAUCUGACUAUGUUACACCCUCAUUUUUUCCAAGUCUUUCUGCCUUGUUUUUUUGUUUGUUUGUUUUUUUUUAGUUAGAAACUGGAAUGUCAAAAUUCGCCCUAUCCUGCAAGGGUGAAGAACCUUUUAAAUAAUUCCUGGAUCCGGACCGUGACUUUUUCAGACAGACAAACAGACAGACAGACAAAUAAAAAGUUUGACCUUGGGGAAAUGAGAAGUACUUUUUGAGGAAAUUAAAUGAACGACAGGAUCUUUCAAUGGAGAUUGAAACCACUGUCUACAGAACAAUGAUCUGUGAAAAUGGAGCACUGAACUCGUCUGCCAUGCGGUCAACCUGGGUUUGAUUCCCGGGCCGGGUCAUUUGCUGACCCCUCCCCGUCUCUCUCCCUAUUCGCUUCCUGUC